AUGAAAAGAAAUCAGAUAGCGAUGCUCCCUGAUAACGUUUUCAGUGGCUUGUCUGCACUCGCCGAUCUAGACGUGAGUGAUAAUCAUAUCGCGAUACUCGGUAGUAAAGUGUUCAGUGGUUUGCACAGACUCACCACCCUAGAUUUGAGCGAGAAUCAGAUAGCGAUGCUCCCUGAUAAAGUUUUCAACGGUUUGCUAAUACUCGCCAUCCUAGAUUUGAGCCAGAAUCGGAUAGCGAUGCUCCCUGAUAAAUUUUUCAGUGGUUUGUCCACACUGACCGAUCUAGACGUGAGCGAGAAUCAGAUAGCGAUGCUCACUGAGAACGUUUUCAGUGGUUUGCACAGACUCGCUACCCUUGAUUUCAGCAGGAAUCAGAUGGCGAUGCUCCCUGAUAAAGUUUUCAGUGAUUUGAGCAGGAAUCGGAUACCAGUGUUCGAUGAUAAAGCUUUCAGUGGUUUGCCCAAACUCACCACUCUUGACCUGAGCGAGAAUAAGGUAGCGAUGCUUACAGAUAACGUUUUGAGUGGGCUGCCAUCAUUAACAACUUUGAACUUGUGCAAGAAUCAGAUACCGAUGCUUACUAAUAACAUUUUUAGCGGUUUGUCCAAACUUACCGACCUAUACUUAAACAAUAAUGAAAUAGUAUUGCUUACUGAUAAUGUUUUUAGUGGAUUGCCAUCACUAACAACUCUAAACUUGUACGAGAAUCAGAUAGCGAAGCUAACUAAUAACGUUUUCAGUGGUUUGUCCAAACUCCUCACUCUAGACUUGGGCAGGAAUCAGAUAGCGAUGCUCACUGAUAAAGUAUUCACAAGUUUGUCGACACUUACAUCUCUAGACUUGAGCUGGAAUAAGGUAGCAGUUCUCCCAAAUAAUGUAUUCAGCGGACUCUCUGCUCUUACCGAUCUUGAUCUUACAGGGAAUCAAAUAGUGAUGUUUCCCGAUGAUACCUUAAUAGGACUGUCCGGAGUAAAAUAUCCGGCACCCAAUGAAAAUUACAUGGAAGAAAAUCACAAGAAGAUCAUUUAUAAUAAUAUGUUCAGAGGCCUAUUUCAACUCUCCGUUCUGAAGCUUAACAAAAAUAAGAUAAAGGUGAUCCCAAAUGACACUUUUAUUGAUUUGUCUUCGCUUACCUAUCUUGACCUUGGCGAAAAUACAAUAAUGUUUUUGCCCCAUAACGUCUUCAAUGGAUUACCAGUACUCACUACUCUGAAACUGAACGAAAAUCAGGUAAAUGUUCUCCCUGAUAACAUAUUCAGUGAUUUGCCUUCACUUGAUUACCUGGAUUUGGGAGGAAAUCGUUUAGAGAUUCUUUCAGAUAAUUUGUUUACCGGACUGUCAUCACUUGUAUCUCUAAAACUGUACAGAAACAGGAUAAACGUUCUCCCUGUUAAUGUCUUCAAUGGGAUGUCUAAACUUAAGCGUCUCGAUCUAGGAGAAAAUCGGAUAGAAAUUCUGCCUGAACAAGUUUUUGAUGAUCUAUCCGCUCUUUCGUCUUUAAGACUGGGCACAAAUCAGAUAGUUGUUCUUCCCGACAAUCUUUUGCAUAAACUGCCUUUACUUCGGUCUCUAAAUCUUCAGGAAAAUCAUAUACGGACUCUCCCUGAUGGUUUUCUCGGCAAAUCGUCUGGUCUUGACUCCCUAAAUCUUCGCAGAAAUGAUAUUUCCGUUCUCGGAAAUGAUGUCUUUAGUAAUCUAUCUAGUCUUUCAAUUCUGAAACUGAGUGAAAAUUCUUUAUCAAAUCUCCCCGACAGGCUAUUCAAAAGAUUAAAUAUACUUUUUAGCGUGGAUCUCAGUGGAAAUAGAUUAUCCAAUCUUCCUGAAAACAUAUUCAAUGGAUUAUACAAGCUAAUUGUAAUUAAACUAAAUAGAAAUCGAAUAUCAUUUCUUCCUAAACAUUUAUUUUAUGGAUUAUCGGAACUUUCAGAACUGUAUCUUGAUGGAAAUGAAAUUUCAUUUCUUCCUGAAAAUAUAUUUUUUGGAUUAUCUGAACUAAUAGAUCUGUAUCUGAAUGAAAAUCAAAUAUCAGUUCUUCCUGUAAAAACGCUUAUUGGACUUUCAGCAAUGCAGACCUUUUCGAUAAAUAAUAAUAAAUUAUCAGUUUUCCCUACUUUACCGUCAUCAGUAACAGUUCUUGAUAUAUCUUUCAAUUUGAUAACGAAUUUACCUGUUGGGACAUUUGCUAAUAACAGCCAGAUGAGAGUGCUAAAUAUUAUUGGUAACAAACUAGAAGUUAAAGAAAACCUGUUUAAAGGACUAGACAAUCUACGAACUUUACUUACAGAUACCCCCUUUAUGUGCUGUUUUAAACCAAUAUCAGUUCCUGACAACAGAUGUUCCGGUACAAAUUUAGAUCUUUCGCACUACGAAACUGUAAAUGACUGUUAUAUUGGUGGCCCUUUAUGCGAAUCAGAAAGUGAUGCGAUAUCUUCAUGUUACGCCUUGAUAAGUUCAUUUCUACAAAAAGUUUGUCUAUGGAUCAUUGGAAUAUGCGCUGUAGUUGGAAACUUUGCUGUUUUAUUCUUCCGGCUAUUUGUCGACAGAGAAAACCUUUCGAAAAGUUAUUCAGUUUUUGUGCUUAACUUGAGUUUAUCGGACUUACUCAUGGGAGUGUAUCUGAUGACAAUUGGCGCUGUUGAUAUUCAUUACAACGGUGUGUAUGCUAGCAAUGAUCAUAAAUGGAGAAGCAGCAUAUUAUGCACUGUAGCUGGAAUUCUGUCAACAAUAUCCAGUGAAAUGUCGACAUUUCUGAUUUUGAUGGUUACCAUAGACAGAUUUAUUGCGAUAGUAUUCCCCUUUUCUCGCCUUUCUAGAUGGAGUAUCUCAUGGGUUAAGGCCUCCGUGAUAUCUUUGUUCUUGUGGUUAGUAUCAAUAACUCUUGCACUUAUCCCUGUUCUUGCAAUGCAGUCCUAUUUUAAUGGAGAAUAUUACUCUCGAUCAACAGUGUGUCUAGCUUUACCACUGACAGGCGGCCCUGUCAUACCAGGUGCGGACUAUUCGUUCGCAGUAUUUGUUUGUCUCAACAGCAUAGUAUUCAUUGUCAUAGCUACAGGCCAAAUCUGUAUUUUCCGAGGCAUGACGAAGAGUGGUGGACUGACUGCCUCCUUACAAACCCGUCAACGAGACAUAUCUGUUGCAAAGACUCUUCUGAUGGUGGUGGCGACGGACUUCUGUUGUUGGUUUCCCAUCGGUGUCUUGGGCGUAAUAGCAAGACUCGGAUACCAGAUUCCGGGUAGUGUAUAUGCAUGGGUAAUGGUGUUUGUAUUGCCAAUCAACGCUGCUAUCAACCCGUUUUUGUAUACUGCUACGGCUAUCUGGAGGAAACGACAAAGAGGAAAGGGAAAGAAGUAACGAGGACAACAAAAGCCUUAUCACAGUUGGGAAAGACGAUCAAAGUGAACAACGUUACCUGCGCCUGCAUGAGUGACUGGUACAUGGAUACGUUUCGGCAUUUAUGAUAUACAUGGACCGAUAUGUGUGUACGUGUCUACUGGAGUUGUGCGUUGUGAUAUGGGUACCAAACCCAGUGACUUGAUACGCGUGUAAAUCUAUUUAAAGUUAUUAAACAUUUAGUUCCUGUAACAUUAGUUUGAAUAUCAUUUGUCACAAAAAUCGGCGUUCCCAUCAAAAACAUUCGUAAUAUUUGAGUUAAAAAUGU